AUGGACGUGAUUGUUGGCGGCAUACGAUCACUUGAAAGCCCUCCGAUGCGACCUGAGGGCAAAAUCGGCAUCUUCCACGGGAGCGCCUCCAUCAAAGGUCGCGCCGGGCCGGUCAAGAUUGAGAUCCGGCGUGGAAGAAAGGUUGUUGCCGAGCUCCACGGCCAGCGGGACUGUUGGAAUGCCGAUCGGACUAUCGAUGGGAAAGUGGGGACAAUGGCCUUGAUGGGCCAAUCAGAUCACACUGAUCUAUCUCCGUCAGAGUGGGUCCGCCUGGCCAGCCAUAUCAUAGCCUUCGUCGAUUGCUGCCCUUCACCGGCAUUGCCUGGGCGGGUGGCACACCAAGCGCUUCUUAUUGGAGAAGCGGGCAAGGUGGUCUUCACGGUCUACGACAUCAUCAAGGAUCCUGCACCUGCGCCCUACGCCAUUCUGGCCAUGCUGGUCGUCCCGAUGGGGUUGCCAUUUAAGGGCGAGCGGACGGCUUUCGGGCAAAUUGAAGACACACUAACAGCUCUGAAAGAGGGCGACUUGAAAUUGCUUGUCGUCAACUUUGUUGAAAAGGACAGCAAAGCACAAAAUCUCAAUUCCAACACAUUAUGA